UCUAGUUAAAAAGAAGCAAAAAGAGGAGCGAAACAUUGCGGAGAUGCAAUAGCAGCACAGGCACCAAACCCAGGCAAGCAGCAGCAUUACUGGACGGAGAGCGAUUCUAAACUUGUGGCAAAAGUCUUGUGAGCCCCGUACAGCCAAACACAGCCACCUCCUGCAACAGAGGGCGCUGAAUGCACACAGGACUCACCUGAGCCAGCCUUGCCCUCACCAUUGGCACACUUUACAGAACUUUCCGAAGUUUCCCUGCCUAGCUUUUGUGCUACAUUGUAUGAGCAUCUGAAGAAGUUGUUUGCAGUGAGUUGCUAGGAUGAGGAAGAUGCUGGUGCUGCAGUGGAUGCUGAUUUGGGGGUUUGCUCUGCUGGUUCUUGAAUGUGAAGCUAAGUUUGCAGAAAAGGCUGAAGUGGGAGCUAGAAGGAGAAGGUGCCUGAAUGGGAGCCCCCCAAAACGUGUGAAGAAGAGUCAUAGGAAACUGCAAACCCUGGAUCUGGGGUCAGCUGGAGAUGUGUGCAGGGGACUUUACCCCCGUCUGUCUUGCUGCUCCAAGACUGACAGCACUGGACUGCAAAUUGAUCCAAAGAUAUUUUCAGUUACCAACAACACGGAGUGUGCAAAGCUUCUGGAAGAAAUCAGAUGUGCGUACUGCUCACCAUAUGCUCAGCAUCUCUUCAAUUCACCUGAGAGAACUGAGACCUCCGAGAGGCAGUUAGAACUUCCGUCACUCUGCAAGGACUAUUGCAAAGACUUCUACUACACGUGCCGUGGGCAGAUACCAGGUUUGUUACAAACAACUGCAGAUGAGUUCUGCUACUCUCACAGUAUACGGGACAACGGGCUCUGCUUCCCAGACUUCCCAAGGAAGCAAAUGAGAGGUCCAGCAUCAAAUUAUCUGGAUCAGAUGGAAGAGUAUGACAAAGUGGAAGAGAUCAGCAGAAAACACAAACACAAUUGCUACUGCAUUCAAGAGGUUGUAAGAGGGUUGAGGCAACCUGUUGGAGCUGUGCACAGUGGAGAUGGGUCGCAGCGACUUUUUAUCCUUGAAAAGGAAGGCUAUGUGAAGAUUCUAAGUCCAGAAGGGGACUUGAUAAAGGAGCCGUUUCUUGAUGUGCAUAAAUUGGUACAAAGUGGAAUAAAGGGAGGAGAUGAAAGAGGACUUCUAGGCCUUGCAUUCCAUCCCAAUUAUAAGAAAAAUGGAAAGCUCUAUGUGUCGUACACCACCAACCAAGAACGCUGGGCGAGCGGACCUCAUGACCACAUUCUUAGAGUUGUAGAAUACACAGUAUCUAGGAAAAAUCCCAGUCAGGUGGAUAUUAGGACAGAGAGAAUAUUUCUUGAAGUGGCUGAAUUACACAGGAAGCACUUGGGAGGGCAGCUUGAAUUUGGAGGAGAUGGCUUCCUGUAUAUUUUCCUUGGUGAUGGAAUGAUAACUAUCGACGAUAUGGAGGAGAUGGAUGGUCUGAGCGAUUUUACAGGUUCUAUACUCCGGUUGGAUGUAGACAUUGAUGUGUGCAGUGCUCCUUAUUCCAUUCCUAGAAGCAAUCCUCACUUUAACAGCACAAACCAACCACCUGAAAUAUUUGCGCAUGGACUACAUAACCCAGGCAGAUGUGCAGUUGAUCGGUAUUCCAAAGAUACCACCAUGAAUUUGACAAUUCUUUGCUCAGAUUCAAGCACUAAGAACAGAUCAUCUUCUAGAAUCUUACAGAUCAUUAAAGGGAAGGACUAUGUGAAUUCAACCCAACUGUAUUUGGAACCCAUAAAAGAACAGACAAAAGAAAGUGAGACUUCACUUUUGGAAUUCAAGCCACUGAGCAGCAGUCAAAUGGUUGGUGGAUUCAUAUACAGAGGCUGUCAAUCAGAGAGAUUGUACGGUAGCUACGUAUUUGGGGACCGAUACGGAAACUUCAUAACACUCCAUCAAAACACUGUAACAAAACAGUGGCAGGAAAAACCAUUUUGUCUGGGCAGUGGAACAUCUUGCAGGGCACCUUUCCCUGGACACAUACUAGGAUUUGGUGAAGAUGAACUAGGUGAAGUUUACAUUCUCUCAAGCAGUAAAAGUAUGACUCAGUCUCACAGUGGGAAACUCUACAAGAUUAUUGACCCUAAAAGACCAACAAUGCCUGAAGAGUGUAAGAGACCAAUGUUCCCUGCUCAGCCUCUGUCCUCUGAAUGCUCCAGACACUGUAAAAAUGGCCAUUGCACCCCCACAGGAAAAUGCUGUUGUAAUCAAGGAUGGGAAGGAGAAUUCUGCAGAAUGGCAAAAUGUGAACCAGCAUGUCGGCAUGGAGGAGUCUGUGUAAAACCAAACAAGUGUUUAUGUAAAAAAGGUUAUCUCGGCCCACAGUGUGAAAUUGUGGAUAGAAACAUCCGGAGAGUGGCCAGGGCAGGCUGAUACCACCUCAUGCUUAUUGUUUCACCCGCCAUAGAGGAAAUAUGCUAUUUCUCCCCACCAACCCUCUGGCCUCAGGCCUACACCUAUCUGACUGCACUAGCUAUUACACAGCAUAUAGGAAACCGUUACAGAAACACAGUGUUGGUUCCUCUGCAACGUAACUGUGCAAGAUGCAAUGAUAUUGUUCCAUCGGUGCCACUCUUAUUGGCAUAGUGGGUGAAUAAUGUUACUGUAGGCGUUAGAGGAAUGUUUAACAGAUGACCAGGAAAAAGAGCUGAACCUAUGAUAUGCGUCGUUGGUAAUCUUGUAAUAUUGUAAGGGUACACUUAAUCUGAGUAGAGAUAACAAAAAGUGCUUGUCGUGCAGCAUGCUUUAUCGCUGUUGAAAUGUCAAAUUAUGAAUAUUACUCUUUAGCCUUAAUUGAUAAUGGAAAUGAGUCUAAUGUAUAACACCUAAAAGUUACUUAUGGUAUAAUUAUCACACUUCCAGUAUCGCCAAGAUUACUGCUGAUUUAGUAAUUUACUAAACAAAAUUGCCAGACCAAAUUAGAAGUAAAUAUUGGGACAUUAAAAUGGCUAUGCUUUACUAUGAUGUCUACCCGUCAGCUUUAAAAUGACUCUCACAGAGCAAGGUUAAAGUUUAUAUUCCCCGUUGUUACUCCCUACUGAGUCUUAUAAUGUGGUCACCCACUAAACCAUGGCAAGACUACUUCUCUUUGUAAAGGGCUCUAAUAUUUGUAUGCAUCAAAUCAAUUAUUGGGCACUGUGAAGUUAGAUGAGACCAAAUAACAUUUUAUAUGUUUCCUGGUUUGUAUGUUUGGGUAUUUUUAGGGGUAGGAGUAGCAUGUACCUUUAUGUAUGAUAAUGUUUUAGGAGGAUAAGUCAAAAAGCCAAAAAAUUUUGGAGCUCUCGAGAGCUCCUUGAGCUGUCCAGAAAUGUAUCCCCAUUGAUUUAAAUUAGACGUUCAUCCUGGAGCUUAUCACCUAAUUUAAUCUAAGCAACUCAAUGUUGAGUGAGGGGAGUUAGUUUGUAGGUGAUUAAACUCACAAAGUAUCUUUGUUUACAUUUAAAAAAUAUCUUAAAAUAAACACUUACAAAUUUUCAUCUCAAGGACUUUCUUGGGAUAACUUAUCCCCUAGUGAAAUGUCACCUCACUAUUAUUGAUUAUACAAGCCCUCUGUUUAAUGUGGUUCUAAAUUGUAUAUUGGCUAGAGAUCUCUACAUAAGUAAAACACCAUUAUUUCAAAAGAAAUAUUCUGUCACAUCCACAUGUAAAUGGUUUAAUAUUGUUCUGCUCUAAUCACAAGGCUGAGUAAGUAGGCCACAACCACUAAAGUUUGAAAUGGGGCUGUUGCUAGAAAGAUGAGAAAUGUAUAGAGUUAAAAAAA